CUCCUUCAGGACUCCUCUACGCGGUGACGGCUGCGCAGCGAGAAAAACACAAAGGGGACGGGAUCUAACACACGCCCGAGCACUACAAGCAGCUCCAAAAUGAUGGCAGGCGGAGCAGUGCAGCAGAACGGCAUCUUCUCCACCCCGCACCACCACAGUCAGCAGCCGCACAUGGAGUCCGACCCGCCGGACUCACGGAAAAGACCCCUGGAGACCCCCACGGAGGCCAGCAGCACCAAGCGCACCAACACUGGAGUGGCCUUCCUGCAGCCUCUGUUUGAAAGCGAAGGCCUUGUAUUCCCUCCAGCAGACUCUGACACUCAUGAGGAAGGCGAGUACUUCCUGAAAGUCCUGAUCCCGAGUUACGCGGCAGGCUCCAUCAUCGGGAAGGGCGGCCAGACCAUCGUCCAGCUGCAGAAGGAGACCGGAGCCACCAUCAAGCUCUCCAAAUCCAAAGACUUCUACCCUGGGACCACAGAGCGCGUGUGUCUCAUCCAGGGCACAGUGGAGGCAUUGAACAGCGUGCACGACUUCAUCGCAGAGAAGGUACGAGAGAUGCCCCAGAGCAGCCAGAAGAGUGAACCAGUGAGCAUCCUCCAGCCCCAGACCACCGUGAACCCAGACCGCGUCAAACAGGCCAAGCUCAUCGUUCCAAACAGCACAGCAGGCUUGAUUAUUGGGAAGGGCGGAGCUACAGUCAAAGCGGUGAUGGAACAGUCCGGGGCCUGGGUGCAGCUGUCCCAGAAGCCAGAAGGCAUCAACCUGCAGGAGCGCGUGGUGACCAUCAGCGGGGAGCCCGAGCAGAACCGGAAAGCUGUAGAGAUUAUUGUGCAGAAGAUCCAGGAGGACCCUCAGAGCUCUUCUUGUCUCAACAUUUCCUACUCUAACAUCACAGGGCCAGUGGCCAACUCCAACCCCACGGGGUCCCCUUAUGCUAACUCCACUGAGGUAAUGCCCGCUGCAGCUGCCGCCGCCGCUGCCACUGCCUCCUCUCUGCUGGGGCAGGCCGGGCUCGCAGGUGUCGGGGCCUUCCCCACCACUAUGUCCAGUCUGUCAGGAAACGACCUGCUGGCCAUCACGUCCGCUUUGAACACUUUAGCCAGCUACGGCUACAACACCAACUCUCUGGGUCUAGGGCUCAACCCGGCCGCCGCCUCAGGCGUGCUCGCCGCUGUGGCCGCUAAUGCUAACCCUGCAGCAGCAGCUGCAGCUAACCUACUUGCAUCCUAUGCUAGCGAUGCUUCUACUAGCGCAGCCCACCCUGCAGCCAGCCUGGGUGGCUUCUCUUUGGGAUCCCUCGCCGCCGCUACAGGGGCCACGAAUGGAUACUUGAGUGCUGCCUCACCUCUGGUGGCAUCAUCUCUGCUGGCCACUGAGAAGCUAGCUGAAGGUGCUAAGGAGGUGGUGGAGAUCGCUGUCCCAGAAAACUUGGUGGGAGCUAUUCUGGGUAAGGGGGGGAAGACCUUGGUGGAGUACCAGGAGCUGACUGGAGCCAGGAUCCAGAUCUCCAAAAAGGGCGAGUUCAUCCCUGGGACCCGCAACAGGAAGGUGACCAUCACAGGGUCCCAGGCCGCCACACAGGCAGCACAGUACCUGAUCAGCCAAAGGAUCACGUACGAGCAGGGUGUCCGGGCCACCAACCCGCAGAAAGUGGGCUAAAGCUCACAGCCAAUCCCAAAAGGAGCGGGGGCUUGGAGGAGGAGUUUAUAAAGAAUGUUGGAAGGAAUGCUUUGUGCUCUUUUCUUCAGCAAAUUUUCAGUAUUCUUAAAAAAAAAAAAAAAGCAUAUUUGCUGAACCCGAGGAGGCAGAGGAGGGAGAUAUCUAUAUAAAAAAACAAGAAAAAAGUGUAAAAUGUACAUACUGUUUUAUUACUCAUGUGCUGGGGUUUCAUUGUGGGGAUGUUUUGUUCUGCUGGUUCUGUCUGGUGUCUUGUGUACUGUGCAACAAGGCUGACAGACCACAGCCUGCUGUUGGGGCUUUCAUUUGCUCUGUUGACCCCCUGUCCCUCCUGCGCCCCGGGGCCCAGAUAGUGGAGCCUUUUCAGGGUACAUCAGGCAGGACUAACCUGGGAGUGACUGAAGACACUGCAAAGGCUCUGCUGUAUCUUCACUCACUCCUGCAGUGCUGAGACUCUACUGUAAAAUUAAAAUGACAGGUCACACGCUGAUGACCUCAUGUAGUGUUGACCAAUGAGAGAGAGCGAUACUACCUGGCACGUACAGACGCACUGCUGCCAAUGUUCUUGAAUUAUUUUUUAUUUGUAUUUCAACAGAAAGUAUCAUUUUAUUUAUUGAAGAAUUGACCCAUAAAAGCUCAGCUGUUCUUUGUAAAUCUGUGACUUCAGGUUGACAUGAAUGUAAAUGAGACUAUUGUUUAUGUGGAAUCUUUUUUAUUUAAUGAAGAUAGUGUAAUAUAUGUCUUAUUUAAGUCCAGUCCUAAAGCCGGCUCGGCCCACAAUAUCCUCCCAGUGACAACAGGGAACUCACCUGACAACAGGAGGCCAUAUCUGUGCUAGAGCAGACCAGAUCAGACUGCAACUGACCCAGACCCCAGACCCCACACCCCAGACCCCAGACCCCAGACCCAGACCCAGUCCUCGACCAGACCCAGACCCAGUCCUAGACCAGACCCAGACCCAGGCCUGAGUCCUGCUGAUCUGGCCUGGGCCUUUCCCAGCGGCGCCUCCUACUGGUUCUGAGGCUUCAGUUGUCUCAGGACAUUUUGUCUAAAUAGAAUUAUUUCGGGGUUUAAUUGCCUCGUCAAAGAGAAUUGACUCAGGCGCACCAAACCCAUUGUACAGACAGAGACUGAAGAAAGUGAUGAUUGAGCAGAACCAGCAGAAGGCCGAGCUGAGCCAGGCAUCUGCUCAGACCCAGCCAAGCACUUGCGUCAUUACUACUGAAGAGUCAGGAGCCACUGUACCUCUGCCCGCCCUGUGGCCCUCAGGGAGCCAGGGGCCACCAGGGGCCAAAUCCAACAGCGUAGAGGCCCCAUGUCUGUUUUUUGUUUCUUUUACAAUCGGAACACACUUGUUGUCUUAAUGCACUGUGAAGCCUGUGAGGCAGGAGUCCGCAGCGUGGUGACUGUUGGCUUGUAUGGCAGGGAUCUGUGUAAU